UUUAUGGUAAAGGUCACUAGGCCACGCGACCACGAGGAAGCCAUUUUUUCCAGGAAACAUCUCGAUCAUUGGGGUGUUUUUAUGUUUUAUUAGCGGUGAACUAGACAGGUGAAAUUCUGCAGCAGCUUCAUUAAUUUCAGCAGGUGUGCUUCCCGUAAAGACAAAACCAACAUCAGCAUCAACAGCGAACAGUCUACUGUAACUAGUGCUCAACUACCACACCACCCCCGGAAAUCUACCCUGACUGAAGUUUUCAUUCCAAAAUGGCUGAAUCACUUGAUGGAGGAAGAAUGAAACGUCCCCUUGAUGAGCAGGAGGAAGAUGAAAGCAUGAUCAAGCGACAGAGAGGAGAGGGUCCCAAGGUGGAGCUCCGUAUCCUCUUACAGAGCAAGAAUGCUGGAGCAAUUAUUGGCAAAGGAGGGAGCAACAUCAAACGACUAAGAAACGAUUACAAAGCCAGUGUCACGGUUCCUGAUAGCGACGGCCCGGAACGGAUCUUGACAAUUGCUACCGAUCUUGGCACUGUCCUUGAGGUUCUUUUGGAGGUCAUUCCAAUGCUGGAAGACUACAAACACAACGAUGAUCUGGAUUUUGAGUGCGAGUUGAGGAUGCUGGUCCACCAGAGUCAGGCAGGAUGUAUCAUAGGCCGUGCAGGAUUCAAGAUCAAGGAGCUCAGAGAGAAAACGGGCGCUAACAUCCGAGUGUUCUCUCAGUGUUGUCCAAACUCGACGGAUCGUAUCGUGCUCAUUCAGGCGAAACCGAGAACGGCUGUCGGCUGUGUUGAGGAGAUCUUUGAACUCCUGCAGUCUGCUCCACCUAAAGGACCCCAGCAGCCAUACGACCCCAACAACUUUGAUGUGUACUAUGCACAAGAAUAUGGCGGUUUCACACCUGCUGAAGGGGGUCGAAGGGGCACUGGAAACCCCAGGGGUUCAGCCCCUCGUGGUGGCUAUGGAAUGAGGGGUGGACGAGAUGACUUCGGAAUGGGAAUGGGCAUGGGUGGCCGCAGUGGAAUGCGAGGCGGCAGAGGAGGCAUGGGAAUGGGGGGUAUGGGCGGCAUGAGGAGCGGCGGCAUGGGAGGAAUGGGAGGAGGGGGAAUGGGGUUCGGUGGACGAAGUGGAGGUGGCGGCGGCGGAGGAGGCAUGGGAGGAAUGGGGGGAAUGAGAAUGAACAGUGGUGGAAUGGGCAGAAAUCAAGGCAUGGGUGGUGGUGGUUUUGGACAGAUGGGUGGAAUGCAAGACUUUGGUGAUGACAUGGGAGGAAUGGACCAGGGUAUGAUGUUUGGAAAGGAGGAAGAUGAAGAAGUAGAUUCCACUCAAGUUACCAUUCCAAAAGAUUUGGCUGGUGCAAUCAUCGGUAAAGGUGGGAGCCGAAUCACUGAAAUCCGCAGACAGUCGAACGCCCAGAUUGUGAUCGACGAACCACUGCCGGGAUCCUCGGACCGAAUAAUCACGAUAACGGGGACACAGCAGCAAAUACAGAAUGCUCAGUAUUUGCUACAAAUGAGACUGAAGGGGCUCGCCAAAUAUUGAUUUGAUUGAUGCAUCAAGAGUUUUGCCAAGUAUUAGAACAAAAUCACUCUUGUCUCAGAAUUUCUUAGGAUUGGUGAACAUUCGACACAUGGUUUCUCCCAUUCAGUGUGCACUAUGUUGAUGAAGAUAAUUAUUCUACAAACCUCUAUGUUGGAGGUAGUUUUGGGUGAUUAGCAGCAUGGUGUCACCUUGGAUUGGACGCUUCCAUGUUUUAGACUCUUAGAUCAAAAAUAUUCACAGUGUAGAAUCCUCAUCAGUAUACUACUAUAAUAUAUUUCAUUUGAAAUGUUAGCCUUUUAUUCUGUUACAUAUGCUUAUCCAUGAAAGAUGAUGGGGAGUUUGUGAACUGCAUAUUGAUGUAAAUUUUCCUACGUCUAGUACCUCAUCAUUCAUAUACCACUUACGUUCAUUACAAAUGUUGACAUUGUUUUCUUCUCUUCACAAAUAUGGCUUUAACGAGAAAUAUAAGCCAUUUUAAAAAUAUUUGACAUGAUUUUUGUUUUUUUAAAUCUAUUGAUGGCAUACAGAGAGGAGAACGUUUCUUUUUCUUUACUUUUUUUCUUUUUAACAUACCUUAUGUUAAUUUAAAGAUGGAAUCACUCAUUUAAUCAUGGUUAAAUUCAUUGUAUGAAUUAAAUGGCAGCACAGUUGUAGCAUUGUUUGGUAAAUUGAUCAUCUGUUGUCCAGAAAUAAGAAAGAUCAAUAGUUUUUUAAUGUAACUCUUAAAAAAAAAAAAUCUUUUUUUUUUUCUUUUUCAUUAUAUCAUGUUUUAUUUCAUGUUUUUAUUGAUACCACAUGUUAAUGACUUGUGUUUGUACAAUAAACAGUUCCUAUGAUU